GUAAAGCGCAGACUGCCUUUUAGCCAUAUAUCCAAACUUUUUUCUAAAAUAACUGGACAGGCAAAGGUUGCGCCAGGUGCAGCUGCAGCUGUAGACAAUGUUGAUGAUGUUGUGGGUGUAGGAACAAAAUUUGUUAUGAAAAACGGUGCUGACAAAAUUGAUGAUGUUAUAGGAUCAAGUAAAAAUCUCAGAAACAUGCCAAUUCGAGGAAUGAAUAGACGGCAAAAUUAUCGGCCAUACGAACCUCCCCAAUUUAAUAGUUACAAUGCAAAAGACGAGGUUCAAAAGGCCAGAUCAAAAGCAUUGUCAGGCGCUAAUUUAGCCUUGGCGGCAGGUGGUAUUGCUGCUGGGGCGUGGUAUUUCAGUGGAGAACAUACAAGUUGGUAUUUAUAUAUGGCAAAAUUCCGCGACCAAAGACUUAACUAUUACCAAAGACUUAACUAUUAA